CCUCGUCCCCGAAUCGACAUCAGAUUCGGUGCGAAGGACUGUCUGCCAUUCGGUCGCGAGAUCAUGUUUGCUGAGUCCUGCUCGUCGCCGUCGGCCUUCGGCGCUAACCCUUUCGAAAUUCUCCCCGCCCAGGUAAUUUUAGCCUGUAAAACCUUGCCUGCUGUUCGCGCGUCUUCCGUCCUUCAACUCUCUCCCUCCUCCAUCAUCCGGAGCAUCGCUCCACCAUCCACCCCCGGUCUUCUCUGGCGCUUCCAUCCUCUCCUGCCACGAUGAACUCCCGCGAGCACGCCGAUAUGCCUCCGGCUCCUUCCUACCCAUCCCCCAACGCGGCGCAGAUGGGCCAGGGCGCCAUGCAGUACUACAACCGCCAGCUGACCGCCGACGAACUCCUGUCCGCCGAACUUUCGCGCGAAACCUCUGGCCCCGGCCUCGCCGACGGCUCCAGCAAUGGCGUCCACCAUGGUCAGUCGAUGGUUUUGGGCUCGUCCAAUCCUGGUGGUGCUGAUAUGGGCCGUCCGUCAUCUCCCGACCAGCACCAACAACAACACAUGCUCCAAUUCACCCCCAGCCAGCAAGUGGGUGUCGACCCCAAUCACGACCUGAGCUACGGAGACCAGAGCGCGAGACGGAAGAGAUCCAAGAUCUCCCGCGCGUGCGAUGAAUGCAGGCGCAAAAAGGUUCGUUGCGAUGCGAGCUCCGAAUCCGGUGUCGAGACUUGUUCGAACUGUCGCCGGCUUGGUGUCGUAUGCCAGUUCAGUCGUGUGCCCAUGAAGCGUGGUCCCAGCAAAGGUUACAUCAAAGAACUCGCCGAACGACUACAUACCCUCGAAAGCCAGAUGCAGCCUGCCAUGGUCCAUCCUGAUAUGCCAUACCAGACGAUGAACGAGGUCUCUUCUCCGAGGGCCUAUCAGGACUUUUCGCCACCAAUGGACGCUGGCCCAAUUGGUCGCAAGAGGACAUACUCAGUAUUCGAAGGGCUCCCCAGCUCAUCGUUUGCGCAGCCGCCCUUCAACCCUCGCUCUCAGAAUGCGUUUGAAGCUGCAGAGAGCUCCACGGACCCUUGCAAUCCCUCGGUUGUGAACCAUACUGCGCCCAAGCCUGGGAAUUUGUUCUGGUCAACGGGCAAUGAGACCGAGUUGCCGCCUGGCCUCGAGAUACCCGAAGUGCCUAAACAGGCCUUGGAUGAAGACAUGACGCCCUUGGACGUGGAUGAGAGCGCUCUCAAUGCUUACUAUCAAAAGAUUCACCCGGUACUUCCUAUCCUGCCCCACUCCAAAGAACGUCUCCUCGAGCUUCUACACCAAUGCAGUCGCGAGGUGCAGGAGAUAUUCUCGUACAGUCUCUUCACGGUGACACGUACCAAUAUGGAUCGUGUGACGGGCCUCUUUGAAAGGGUAACCUCGUUCGAUAACGCGCAGGAUCUUCUCCUGUACUACACCCGACAACCGGCUCUAGUGCGCCCAGCAGGCGUGAACUUGAUCUGGCUUCAGACCUUGCUUCUCAUGAUCCUUGACUGUGAUUCACGAGGACCAGACAACUUUGUGAUGAAAGAUGGCGUGCCAAAGCACAGUCUCAUCCACUCUGCUACCAAGCUUGGCUCCGACAUGGCGAAGGCGCUCGGUCAAUUGAAGACCAAGCGAUCGUCAGAUCCAGAUGUUGAUUCCGACGCAAACCUUGUGAGACGCAGUUGGGUAUCUCUAGCCAUUCUGAGCCGCUGGUAUUCAAUUAGUGUGGCUGAUCCUAGUGUUCUGGGCACCUUUGAGAUCGGUGGACGGGAGGACGAAAGGGUCCUCGGCUCAGCCACGGCGGGGAUUGGCUCAUACUCCACAUUCCUUGUUGAGAUGGUUACACUUGCCGCCCAGGAAAACAAUAUAUGCCAGACGAACACAGGGCUGGGCCGUAUGGUUGCGGCGAACUUGGUCGCAUCGCUCGAGCGUCUAAGUGAGAUUGGAGAUUUCCGCAAGCCUCACGAGCACCCAGAGGACGGCACACCUUACGGAUUUUUCGAAAGUUUACAGAACCAGCUGUACUGGACUGUGCGGUUGUUGAUCAAACGCCACAUCUUCGUCUAUAGCCCUUAUGAAAUCAUCUACGCCGCCGAGGAGGUCAUCAACGAGCUACACAAGGCGAGCAUGCAGUCCCGACUAUCCACGCCGUUUGAUCUGCAUAGUUUGGCUUUGGCGUCCAUGACACUUCUCGAGGCCACUGUGCUUCCGGAACACUCGAACCAAUGCUGGGAGGCACUCAAGAAGGUCGAAGAGAUCCUGGACUACCGCUCCAAACGGACCACCGAGUCCGGGGAGUUCGGUGACAUCUUCGGCACUCCAGGCUGGGAUGCGAAAAUCCGCGUCUUCCUCGAAUGGCGACGCACGAAAGCGCAAGAAAACCAGCUGCAGGAUCCCAGCCUCGGCAAGAGCGGUUCUGCCGCCCCGCCAGUGAUGGGACCCAACGAGCAGCGCUCCCUUCAGCACCUCGCUGACCUGGCCGUGGGUGCAGAGGGCCAGGUGGCCGCCAACGCCUCUCCGCCCCCUGCCAUGUCCUCGGCCGAGCACAACAUGAACGCCACUUCCCCCAACCUCGCCCCUCAACCGCAAGGUCACAUGGUCGUCGACUUCACCCUUCUCACCAAGGAAGGCUACCUGAACGUGUUCUCCGGGUUGAUUUACCGUCGGACUCGGUAGCCCUGGGGUACAGUACAGACACUAAGAUUGCACAAGUGUAUUCUUCGUAAUGGUUCCUUUGGAAAAUUGAAUCUGUUUUUUUGAGCUGGAAGUUCUCUUCUCAUAUAUCCCCCAGAAAAGAAACUUAUCAAGGUUACCUCCCUAUUUUUCUUAAUGGUUGUUUUUCCAUGACUAGCGUAUUCUUUUCUAAGGCCCGUGUAUUUUUAUCUUUCCUUUCUCUCAAUGGAUAACCUACUUGCUUGUCGUUAGAUUCAUCUCUAUCGAUGUGUUUUACGGGCCGAUGGAUUUGUGCGUCGGCUCUUUAAAUAUGAUAUUAAUUAGCAGUACAAUCUGUAUCUUUUUUCCUUUAUCAAUAAAUCAUC